AUGAGCAGCUUCACUUUUGCGCCGCCGCAGGCGUUCCAGCCGCAACAAAAAAAUUAUGUCUUUGUCGAUGAGCAUAAUCGACAUAAGCGACUCAAGGUGAUGAGAGCAUGCGAGGGCUGCCGACGCCGGAAAAUCAAAUGCGAUGCAGCAACCAGUGCACAGUUCCCCUGCUCAGCAUGCCGUAGGCUUAAGCUGCACUGCGUCCGCCCAAAUGGCUUCGACGGCACCUCCGCCGAUGGCCAAUCUUGUGAGACUAUGGCUGGUGACUACGAGGAUAGCCCGCCUCAGCAGCCACGGAAUGUCCAGCAAGAUAUACAGCAUAUCCUCACGACGCCGGGUGCCUUGAAGCCUCCACCAGCAACAUCCUAUGUGCCGCAGACGGCGUACUCUGAUGCGUCCCCGGGAUCCAUCUAUAACCCUUCUCGAUAUCCGGAUAGCCAGUCGCCUCACGGAGCUCUAUCUUACAGCACACUGAACACUCCGAUUACUGCCAUGGAAUCUGCAUUUGGGUCUCAUGAUAUGUUCCCCAACCCGCCGGCGCAUAGGCCUUCAAUCCCUCAUUCUCCUCCCGAGUCUUACAGCAGCGGAGAUCACGGCUCUGAUCUUGCAGAUUUGCUUGGGCCUUUGAAGCUCAAUGAGUUCGGAACAGCGCCGUAUCUUAACAACAAGAUGCGACCGAAACAAGCAGAAGAGGAGCCUGUCGUGGGCGAGGAAGACGAUUACAAGAGCUCACUGCCUCCUCUUCCUUCUGGACCAGGGCUUAAGAUUCGCAUCCCACCUGAACUGAUGCCAGAUGACGACACGGCCCUCCAUUACUUUGACCUUUACUUUACCCAAGUUCAUCCUUAUGUGCCUGUCCUUGACAAGGCCAUGUUUCUGGACCAGUGGCACAACAACCGCGAGUCUCUGUCGCCAUUGAUUUUGGAGGCCGUCUUCACCGUCGCUGGUCGUCUAGCCGACGAGCCUGGAGAGGGUCAGCAGUGGUUGGCACUGGCGACACGGCAUCUCGACUCGUUUAUGGACGUUCCACGACUGAGCACACUGCAGGCGCUUCUCAUUGUCAUAAAGGCGAGGGAAGCCUCACCGAAACGUGGUUACUACUUCCGGUCAUGGAUGUCCAUCGUCCAGUGCGUCCAGAUGGGCAAGGAUUUGUCUUUGGACGACCACUAUCAAGACCACUUGGCAGGAAAGUCGUGUGGAUCGGGCCCCGCCGAAUGUCUGAUGAAGACGCGCAUAUGGCAGACCAUCUUCAUCAUGGAACUGAUGAUUGGUUCGCCUCAAGGCCGAUACGACUUGGCUGUACAAGAGGAUACGGUGGACCUACGUAUCCCACGUCCCACUCCUGGAGUUGAUGACAGCGAGUAUCAUGUUUCGCGAAACAUCACCUACAUGUCGCGUAUAGUAUGCAACGUGGCACGUGCGAACCGCUCGUAUGGUCGUGUUCGCAGGAAGAUCAACCGAGAUUGGGCCCUUGAGCCAGAGGUUGUACAGCUCACGUCACUUUCCCACGCGUGGUUGAACGAACUGCCGUCGGACUUGGCUGUCAAUUUCCCACCGGACGGAUCGCCUCCUUGGCUGACCUCGGCCUUCAUCGGCAACAUGCACUCCUACUACUACCUUAGCAUUAUCAUGCUACACCGUCCGCAACUCCAGUUGCUUGAUCCCAAUGGUGCUGAUGGCCAGUGGAAACAUCACAUGGUUGUCUGCUACUCGUCAGCAAAGCUCCUGUGCAGAUUGGAGGAGGCCAUCAUACGAUCCUAUGGGAUUGCCGGGUUGCAGUCUAUGCAGCGUGGCAUUAACUACACCAUCUAUUGCGUCUUGACUUGUAUCAUUCUUCAUCUGGUGGCCAUUACAUCUCCCGAUCCGGACCUGAACACGGAUGCCCGAGAAUACUUCACCCGCCACAUGCGCAUCUUGGAGCGUUGCAUGGCGGCCUGGCCCAUGCCUGAAAUGCAGAAGCAGAUAGAUGCGGUGCGUGAGGCCUUCUCGGCUGACAUGCGCAAGCCGUUUGUCCUAAAGCCGAGCUUUCCGUACGCCAGCCCGGCGAUCACGCACUCGACACCGCCACGUUCGGCGGCAUCAAGAGUUGGACCCAUGGAUCAGCUGUCGCAGCAGUCUUUGCGACUGCCCGGGCAGUCAUCGCAAGUCAGUUAUGCCAGCCUUCCAAUCUCCCCUCCUACAUCGGCCGGGCCUGGAGACGGCACAGGGAACUCUUCGCCAACCGCUCAGGCCCUGAGCUAUAUGUCGGGCACCCCUGGCUCACAGGCAACUUCCGCUGCUCUGCAGCAACAGCAAACAAUGUCGAUGGCGGACCCGUCGGUAACUGCCUGGAAUCCUACCAGGUUAUUUGAUCAAUGGAACUCGACCUUUGGUACGCCCCAACCCCAGCCCAUAUCCACCUCCAUGAGCGCACGAACUCCGUCUCUGAACAAUGCCCUUGUCUCCCCCGUUUCAACAGGCGCCAGCGAGGUCCCAACGCUGCAGGACAUUCAAGCCGCGCAAUCGACCAUGACUGCAGCCAAUAUGCACCAGCAUGCAGCAGCCGCGCAGAGCUAUGCCGCCCAGGCACCAGUUCCCAAUUUCGUCACACCAGCCAUGUGGCAAGAGUCCGUGGCGAGCGUGUAUGAAGGCGGGAUUAAACGUGGCUGGGAUUACGAGGCUACCGGAAUGGACAUAAAACCCCAUCGGACAUGA